AUGGGACGCACAAACGCCCAAUCGCUUUUUCAAUUCAAUAGUUUGCGCAAUAAUUAUUAUCUGAGUUUUGUCUAUGGCCUGUUCGUUGGACUGCUAUUUUUCUAUUAUAUUUUCGGACGUCAAAAUCAGUACCCGUAUCAGUUGCAAGGCCAUCCACUGAUCCUCCCCCGAACUUCCGACCCCUACGAAUUAUCUCCAAGGGGCUGGACCCCAGCCGAAGUUUUCGUGGAGAACAUCGUCUCAAUUUUCUCGCUCUCCCCUCAAAAUCGGAAGAUCCUCUCGUCGCAAAUCUCAAAGCUGAACGCCUCCGAGUUGACGAAUGCCGUGGACAUCUUCAGGAGGCUUUGUCCCUCAAAGAUUGAUUGCCAGCUGGAGCCACCGUUUUUGAAUAUUGAUUCGCAGUAUAAGGUAGCCCGUCCCUAUGCCCUAGCCGCCUGUACAAUCUACAAAAAUAUGUCUACCGUGCUGAUCGCUAUUAUGUGCUAUUUACACGAUAUGGAAAAGAGUCUGAACAGUACCGUCAGAUUUUUCGAUCAAUGGGAUGAAUUAAGACCGUGCCUCCGCUCAAACGAGGCCCCAUCGUGGGCGCGUUCAAUGGAGCGUAUCGGACUCGACAUUGACAAUAUCACCAAAUUCACGCUGGUCCGAGAGCCGAUGGAGAAGUUCAUGUCGGCGUAUGUACAGCAGUGCUUACUAUGGAUGAAGUGCGAAGCGUGCCACGACCCAGACUGUCUACUCGAUAAAUUACUCGGCUACGCGAAGACGUUCCGGCUGAAGGGCAUCUACGGGGCCCAGGGGAUGACAAGAUCGCAUCUUAAUGCUCAUUUUCUGCCUCAGAAUUGGCGUUGCGAAUUCGGGACGAUGCUCGAUGAAUAUGUAAUGAUUCGAUACAGCAGUGCAGACAUUCAAAGGCUGCUCUUCGACUUUCAGGUGUUGCUCAAAAGCGCAAAGGUGGAGCAGGACAAGAUUGAUUUUGUGAAAGAGAAGCUUGCCUCCGGCCAAUGCGCUAAAAAUUCGACAAAAUUUACGGCGGAAGAAUUGAAAGCGUAUGAUGCAUAUUUGAAGCAAUAUGAGAAAAGCUAUACUACAGCCGAGAAGAAUCGAAGGAUCAAGUUCUUCCUCCACGCGCAGAAGAAAAUCAACAACUGGAACAAGAAGCAGAAGACGCAAGAAUUCGCCCACAACACCUUCUCCGACUGGAGCCCCAAGGAGUUGAAGAGGUUGCUGGCGCCAAAGAAUUGGACUGAAGAGGCGGGUCCGAUCGAACUGUUCCGCGUCGCCAACACUUCUACAGCCCCAUCAUCAAGCAGUAUGGCAUACGGCGCUAAUCAGACCAAAAUUUUUGUCGACUGGAGGAGGCAGGGCGUCGUCACACCCGUCAAAAAUCAGGGCAAAUGCGGUUGUUGCUACGCUUUUGCUGCCGUCGCAGCCGUCGAGUCGGCUUUUGCCUUGAAGGGGCAGACUUUACAAAACCUCUCUGUGCAAGAAAUCGUCAAUUGCGUGCAAGGCGGAUGCAAAGGAGGGGCGCCGUAUAAAGUUUAUCAAUAUAUAAAAAUCAACGGCAUCCUCGACGAGGCGACCGCUCCAUUUUUGGGGAAAAGAAAGACUUGCACGAACGAGACAACGAAUAGUAUUAUUGGAAGUGCGCCUGCGCUUCGAGGAGAAGCUGAACUCGAGGAUUUUGUAAACAAUACAGGGCCGGCUUCUGUCUGCUUCAAGGCGCCAAUGUCAUUUGUCCGCUAUAGUAAUGGCACUUAUCAACCGACGGAGGCUGAGUGUAAUGCCACGAGUAAUGCCCAUUGUGUCGUUGUGAUCGGCCACGGCGUCGAGCUCGGCCUUCCCUACUGGAUUUUUAAAAAUAGUUGGGGCGUAAGAUGGGGCGAAGACGGCUAUGGUCGUUUUGUAAAAGGCCAAAACGCCUGCGGUUUCGAGCGCCGAUCGGUGAACGGACCACUUCUUGCCACUAGC